AGUUGCAACACGUCUUACUAUCUCUCUCCUUUAGGCUCCUCGCGCGCGGGCCAAAAAAGAAAAUCUCAACAAAUAAAGCGACAAAAAUACAACCUCGCACGCGCCCUUAUUUCGCGUGUCAAUCGCCCUCCAUCCAUCGCUCCUUCAAGGCGGGCACAACGUGACACGUCGGUACCUCGAACGAACGCGCCCGAGUCACGCGUGGAGAAUCUGGAUUGAAAACGCAUUCGCGAGAGACGGUUGCCCUAAUCGUCUGCGAGCGAGAACUUGCUCUCUUAUCCUGAGAACCUCCCCCAAAUGCCCUUCUCCGAUAAAUCCAUAUAUCAACCAUGCCCCUCCUGCUCCUCCUCCUGAUUUCCCUCCAACUCGGGUCUUCAAUCGGUUGACUCGUCCCUGCACGCCCGUAGAUCCACGAUCGCCUCCCUGAUUCGACUCGGUAAUUCGGUUUGAAGGUUUAGGAUGGAGCCGAUGGAUAUCGUUGGGAAGUCCAAGGAAGACGCUUCGCUUCCAAAAGCAACUAUGACCAAAAUCAUCAAGGAGAUGUUGCCUCCAGAUGUACGUGUUGCAAGAGAUGCUCAAGAUCUUUUAAUUGAGUGUUGUGUAGAAUUUAUAAACCUUGUCUCAUCAGAGUCUAAUGAAGUUUGUAGCAGAGAGGAGAAAAGAACUAUUGCACCCGAGCAUGUACUUAAGGCUUUAGAGGUUCUGGGGUUUGGUGAGUACAUUGAGGAGGUCUAUGCAGCUUACGAACAACACAAGAUUGAGACCAUGGACUCUCUAAAAGGUGGCAAGUGGAGCAAUGGAGCUGAGAUGACUGAGGAAGAAGCUUUAGCUGAGCAACAGAGAAUGUUUGCGGAGGCUCGUGCAAGAAUGAACGGUGGGGUGGCUCCCCCGAAGCAACCUGAUCCUGACCAAACUAUAGAGAGCUAACUGUAGGAGCUAUAUUUUGUAGGCAUAGGCAAGCCUUCUUGACUCUUCCAUCCGGGCUUCUAAUAUGGCUUAUGUUAUUGUACAAAAAGCAUUGACAAGUUUGCUGGCCUAUGUGGGAUGUGCGUACUUCAAUUUGUAUUUUAUCUAUGGAUCCAUGUCUAUAAGUUGAUGUAAUUAGUGACAGCGUUUGUCCAAUUCAUUGCUGCCUCUUUCGGAACCAUAUGUAAUUAUUUUGUUUUAUGUAAAUCUUUGGAAGGGGUUGGUUA